AUGACAAUACUUGGCAACUCUCGAUGUCUUUUCAACUCGCGGGCCGCCCUGCAGAGGGUCUUUUCACUCUCGCCGCCCGCCGCCGCCGCCGCGGCCGCUUACCACCAGGCACGCGCCUACGCCGUUCCCCCCUCCCGUCGCGGCCCGCGCGGGCAACAUCUCGCCGACUCGGCCGACCGCGUCGACGGUGGCCUGCCCUACAGCCCGCUAUACACGACGGCAGCGGCCCUGCAGCGGUCGCAAAAGGACCGCAUGCCGCAGGAUUUCGAAAUUACCGACCCAAAGAUCAUGGUCCUGGAGAAUGGCUCCAUCGCGGGGCCGCUGGCGACAAAAUUCGUCUUGAGCAAGCUCAACGUCAAGACGGAGUCGCUACGCAUGAUUCGGCCGUACGUGCCCAAGGGCUCGCCGCUGCCGCGCAAGGGCGGCAAGGCGGCGGCGGCGACGGCUGAGGAUGGUGGCGGCAGCGAGGACGGGGAGGCGGCAGCGCCGACGACGCAGGAGGAACAAUUUGCGCUGUGCGAGAUUGUGAAUAAAAAGGAAGCCUUUCAAAAGGAGCAGGAGCGAAAGCAGCUGAAGAAGGAGAACGCUAGGCCAAAGACAAAGGAGAUGGAGCUGACGUGGGCGAUUUCGGAGCACGACUUGCAGACCAAGCUGCGGCAGCUGGCGGGGUUCCUGAACAAGGGCAUGAAGGUGCAGCUGGUGCUCGGAACCAAGAGGGGCGGGAGAAAGGUGGACGAGGAGACGGCGAAGGCGCUGAUGAACAAGAUCCGGGAUGAGGUGCAGGCGCUGGGCGCGCGCGAGGUGACUGCCGCAAACGGCGAUCUGGGAAGGACGAUGAGGAUGAAUUUCGAGGGCGUGGUCAAGAAGCAGACGUGA